AUUGUUGCUGCAAAUUUUUAGUAAACAAUAUUUACAUUUAAAAAAUCAUGACACAGUGACAUCGUUCAAUUUUUAUUAAUUUAUUAUUUUGAUUAAUUAUCCGAGAAUUAAUCUUAUUUCUUCAAAAUCAAAAUGACUAGACGCAAUGCAAAAAAGUCUUCUACUAUUGGAUUAAACGAUAUUGGCGGAUUGAAGGUUCAAAUUGAAAAGCUCAAAAAUUUAAUCGAAUUUCCACUACUCGAUAGAGCUCAUCCUCACGCUGACGAUCUAACAAAUGGUAUUCUUCUAUAUGGACCUCCAGGAACUGGUAAAACAAUGGUUAUUAAAGCAUUAACAGAAGCAUUGACUCCGAGAAUCAACUUUCUCAAUGUUUAUGGUGAUAUGUUAUCAGACAAUCCAACUAAAGAAGCCAAAGAAACUCCAGAUAAAGGAGCUAAAGGAGUUGUUGAAGUUUCAUAUAAAUCAAAAUUAGAUCGACUGUUUAAACGUGCUAUCGAAUGUUAUCCCAGUGUUAUAUUUAUCGAUGAUAUUCAUUUGUAUUGUUCAAGCAAGAAAACUCAAACCGAGAAAGAAGUUAAUUUUUUCAAAACUUUAUCUGGCUUUUUCGAUGACAAUCGUAGAUCUAAACGCAUCGUGCUAAUUGCUGCUACCAACCAAAUUGAUUCAGUGCAUCCAGGAUUAAGGAGACCGGGUCGCUUGGAAGAAGAGAUUGAAUUUCCAGUUCCUUCAUCUCUCCAUCGUAUCGAUAUUUUAAAUAAGAUAUUCAGCAAAGUUAAACAUUCAAUACCUUCAGAGGUCUUAAAAAGUACUGGCGAAAACACUUUUAGUUAUACUGGAGCUGAUCUCGCUCGUGUUUACCGUGAAUCAUUGUAUAGUUGUUUAACAAGAGAAUCUGAUACAAUCGAUGAGAAUGAUCUUAAGAAAGCUGUUCGCCGAGUCCGUCCCAGUGCAAUGAAAGAGAUUACUUUAGAAAUACCUAAAGUUUAUUGGUCUGAUAUUGGUGGUAUGAAAGAAGUCAAAAACAGGUUACUACAAGCAGUUGUAUGGCCACUCAAACACGCUGAAGCAUUUGCAAGGGUUGGUUAUAAACAGUCGAAAGGCAUUCUAAUGUAUGGUCCACCAGGAUGUUCAAAGACUAUGAUUGGAAAAGCACUAGCCACUGAAAGUCAACUCAAUUUUAUUGCAAUUAAAGGGCCUGAACUUUUUGAUAAAUAUGUCGGUGAAUCUGAAAAGGCUGUGCGAGAAAUUUUCAGAAAAGCCAAACAAGCUUCUCCUUCAAUUUUAUUCUUUGACGAGUUAGAUGCCUUAGCAUCAGAGAGAGGAGGUGGUAGUAAUGCAUCAGCUUCAUGUUCAGUUGGUGAUCGUGUUUUAGCUCAAUUGUUAACAGAAAUCGAUGGAAUUGAAGAAUUGGAUGGUGUUACUAUCGUAGCCGCAACGAAUAGACCAGAUAAAAUUGAUGUAGCAUUACGUCGCCCUGGUCGUCUUGAUGUAAUUAUUUACGUUCCAUUACCAGAUAAAGCAACUCGUAAAGAAAUUUUCUUAAUAAGGACUGGUAAAAUGGCAGUUUCUUUUGAGGUUACUGAAAAUAUUGAGAUUCUUGCGGAUAAAACUGCUGGUUAUUCUGGUGCGGAAAUAGUUGCAUUAUGCCAAGAAGCCGCUCUUCUAGCUUUGACUGAAGAUAUUAAUGCCAAAGAAGUUGAAAUGAUUCACUUUGACCAAGCCUUUAAAAUUGUUUUACCCAGAACAACAAAAGAAACAAUAGCUUUCUAUGAGAGAUUUUCGAACUCUUCCGUUCAGCUUUCUAACGCUUCUGGGUCAUUUGAAUUGUCGAAUCAUGACGCUCAUAGAUAACUCCAUCUUAAAUAUCUCAACUUCCUAUUUACAAGUAAAACUUGUUUGUAUGGCUAAAGACACGCCUUAUCUAGUCUGCACAACUGCGGACUAGAUAAGGGGGAAUUGUAAAGUAAACCAAAAUAAAUCUAAUAAAGGCCUGUUUGUAAAGAUAA